AUGGCACCGCCACGGUCAGUCAGUGGCUCGGUGGAUGUCAGCGAAUCUUCGGAGACGUCUGCAACCUCCAAUGUCGUUAUUAGAACCGCAAUGACUGAGGAACAGCUUAAUGAGUUCAUUUUGAGCUGCUCGAAGGGUGUCGGCACUCUCGUGCACACCAUAGAAGAAGAAAUAGAAAAACUCCCAGAAGGCGUUCAGUCACAAGACGAAAUUGAGAGCCAGAUAAGGUACUUGGAGGAAGAAAACGAAGCUGCCGCAGCGGAAUUGAAACAGCUCGUAGCAGCUGUACGCAGUGUGCGGGAAGCACUGAGGACAGCGUACAGGGAAGCCGCGACGGACGGCACUCGCAUCACAAUAGACUAA